UUAUUUUAUAUGAAAUCAAAUUUCAUAUUCUUAAUUAAAUUUUUACGUACUCGUAGCAAAGGUUUACUUGAAGACGUAGACAAAGAAAAUGCACAAAUUCGGUCUUUCGAGUUCAAUAGCACCAAUACAUCCACAACACUACUGAAAUAGUUGCAUAUCCUCGUUUUCACGUUAAUAAAAAGGUAACGAAGAAUUCCACUGAAGCACUUGAACCUACGCAGAUAAAAAAGCAAGGGAUUACACACAUACAUAAAGUUCCCAGUAUUUGAUAGCGAUCGGAUGAAAAGAGUUCCUAUGUUACUAUGAACAUCAAUUUGCUUUUGGCAAGCAGGUACCAGAGGCUUUGCAAAGCGAGCAAAUACUAUAAAUCCGGGGCUUAGAUAAAAGUAACCCUACUGUAUCCCAGUAUAGCAGUUCGACCAAUAUUAGAUGCUUAUCGUUUUGUCAUUGAGAUUUGGACAUUGUGAACCAUGACUAUUAGCUUAGAUCUGUUGUGAUCUGAUAAGUUUAUUAAGACUAUUGUUGUGUGAUGCGGUCAGGUGAUGUGGUGAGGAUCAUUUUGAGCUGGUUGGUCGAUGGCUUAUGUGAUGACGUAGUUUCAUGUAGGCCAAUAGGGUAUUUGACUUAAUCUAAUAAUAAAAAUCUGUUUCAGACAGAUUUCCAAAACAUGUUUUGUAGUCUAUCUAACGGACUAAGCAUAGUUUUUUGACAAAUAGGUAAUAUCUACCCUAUUCAUCCGUCAUCUUCACAAAGAAAUGUGCAAAAUUAUGUAGUUGUUUUUAUAACUAGUUACGUCAGCUUGCGAAUCCUUGCAAGUUUAAACAACUCUACAAUUUAACAUUCAAAACCUCUGCGUCUCAAGGAACUCGGCUUAUCUCUAUACCAGCGAGAGGCAAGCAACCAAAGCUGCAUACAAAUAAAAGAGCAAACUUCAGAUAAACGUAGGCGUAACACGAAAUUUAAAGAUGCACUAACAUUGUGACAUUAACAUGUACCCACACCAAACUAGAACUUCACGGCGUGGAAGCCACAAUUAGCAAUGCAAAUUCACCAAGUGUGAAAGCUGUUCUGAAUUUCAUACCGCGAAUACAUAUGGUAAUUGGGUUUGAAUACAAGAAAAACGCUAUAGUAUAGGGUCUGGCGCUCGUUAAGAUCCUGAAUGCAAGAUGUUUCCAUUCUGUCUCAUUUGCUUAAAGUUUUAGACUUCGUUAGUAUUUUGCGCCAGUUCAUAUUGUAGAGUUGCUGAUAAGUUGCGGUGCUAAGCAGUAAAGUGUGCCUUUGAGAAAAUAAUUACAUUGUAGUAAGAUAACAAGUUGUUAAAAACAAUUUAAGCAGAAAAGCAUGCCUUUCUAAGUUUCUAUCAAAACAAUUGAACAGAAUUUUCGAGAAUUUAAUUUUACAACGUUCAAUUUCAAAAGGAAACUCGUCAAAUCGUAAAAAUAACAUAAAAUAAAUUUCAAUGUACACAAUAUAUUUCAAUAAAAAUACACAAUAAAUGGAUUUUUACUGUACGAUAUUUAUUACUAUUGGAGUCCGGUAUUCGCAAAUGUGUUGCGUCUGUAAAAAAAUGUUAUUUGAAUUUGCGUGGUGGACAUUCUGGUUCUAUAUAUUUUGUCAUGUGCAGAGAGCGCAUACAGUACGGAUUUUUUCCAACAUGCUUCCUACUCAAGUGCCUAAAAUGACGCAAUUUGAGGCCCUAGUGAGAUACAAAACGUGUUUGCUAGUACCACAAUUAGGUCCAUGUCGAAGUAAAAUUUCUAUGUAUUACUUCGAUCCGGAUUCAAAAAAUUGCUCAACAUUCACUUGGGGUGGUUGCCAAGGAAACGGGAAUAGAUUUGAUACACAUGAGGACUGCAUGGGAUUUUGUUUGAGCAAGAGAACGGAUAACAAACACUUCCCAAGAUUUUGCAGUCUCACUUUCGACUACGGGUUCUGUUUUGGAGCAGUCCAGAGGUAUUAUUAUGACCACGCUUGGAAGGUUUGCAAGACCACCAUCUACUCCGGCUGUGGUGGCAAUCAAAAUAACUUCUACAAUUUGGAACAGUGUGAGUCAGUUUGUCGCUUCGGUAGAGGUGCGAUUACAACAAAAAGACCUGUGUCUGGAGGCACCAGGAAAGUUCUCAUCAUCAAUCCCAAUCAGUAACGUAAUAUAAGAUUAAAAACGAAGGAGGUUCAGUAUGAGGGGCCAUCAUCACCUCAUAGAGGAAAACCGUUGCAGUUGUGUGUGAAGAACAGAGACA